AUCUCGAAAAAUGGAAGAAGACGAUAGCGAAAUUUGGACUAGCGAUGGCUAUUGCAUCGCUUGUCGAUCGAUUUUUGCAAGCGAAAAGGAGAAAUUGGAGCAUCGUGCUAGCAAGAGACAUGUGAAGAAGUGGAAUUUGCACAAGUUUUUCCGGGAUGAAUCCACCAUUCAUGGAACUAUGGCGGUAUCGGAGAUGCUUGAAAGAUAUAAGCUGAAGAAGAUUCCCAUCAUUGGCCUCCACCAAUGCCAGGAAAUUCAACAAGUCGGAGUUUCGAAUCAAGAAAAAACGAAUUUCUGGACGUGUGCUACUUGCUACGAAGUUGGAGACACUUAUGAGUUGGCGGAUGCUCAUCUCAAUUCAAUGGAUCAUAUUCGGAAUUAUAUGGACGAAUGUGAGUGUGACGAGAAGGAGCAGAUCGAAGAAGAAUGCGAAGAUGACGAGUAUGCGAAAUAUGAACGAUAUCGUUCUGCGGCCGAGCGAAUUUUCGCAAGAGACGGUGGAAUCGAUGGGCUUCAGCCUCCGAGCAUCCUACGAAUGCCACUCAGCACUGCUGAUGGUAAAGCAAAGUUCGGAAUCGAAGAUCAGGUGGAUGUGACGUUUCAGCAGUGUCCGAAUGACGCGAAUCGCAGUGUUCUGCAUUGUAGUACUUGCAACGAGGUGGCUCCGGUUGUGGUGGCAGGGAAGUACACGAAGGAAAAAUCACGUGCUCAUCAUUGUGAGAGCACAAUGCACCAACAACGAGCGGCGGUUUUGUCGGCGAUAAAUGAAUUUCACCCUCAAGAGAUCUUCGAUGAAUUCAAGACUGGAGAAUCUCAAGCACAGCUUCACUGGACGGAGAAGGACGAUGAUGGCUCGUGGCUCCUGAGCCAGCCAUGUGGCUAUCGAUAUCUCAUUAAUGCUGGUGAUGAACGAAUUUGCACAAUUUGCUACGCACUAGUGAAUGGGGAUGAUCAAGUCCUGGAGCAUUUUAGUUCGGAAUAUCACGCAAUGAAAUACCUGAACAUGAUUCACUCUUACAAUUCCUAUUUGGCUCAACAACUAGAUGGCCCUGAAAGACGAGCGAAAGCACUGAAGAUGCUCAUAUCCACGUUAACACUGGAGAAUGACACGAAAAAAGUGGCGCGUACACUGUCUCACUUCCCGAGUCUUAUAAAAUCCCAGCUAUCCGAAGAUGUUCGUGUUUAUCCGGAUCCACCGCUGGAAGUUAUCGAUGAUUUCAAGGAGACAACCGGGAAAAUGUUCCGUUUCUGUGUUUCGUGCUGUACUUACAUCGAGUUCGACGCCAAUCUUGUCGAUGAACCACAGAAAAUGGCAGCGGCAUGGAAGAAGCAUGUUUUCAGCGCUCAACAUUUUGAAACUGCGGCGAUGAGGACUAGAAUUGAUUUUAAUCCAAUGUUCUUUGUUCCGUAUUCCCCUACAGUAACCAACGCGGAAACCGACGUUAAAGGAGUUUGGAAAGUUAAUAGGGAGGUCCUCGUUCAAACCCAAUGCGAUGUUGGACUGGAAUUUAUGGUGGAAGAUGAAGCGGCAAAUGAGGUGACCUGUCAGUGCUGCUGGCAGGUUUUCUCAAAAAAUCCGAUUUUUGUGAAUCAACACAUUCGAUCCUAUGCUCACCUUAAGCAGUAUAUUUUCCUCACCGCUCCGGAUAUUAUCAGAAUUCUUCUCGGCGCUGAAACAGACGAGAAAAAGCAAGCAUUUCUGAUGGAAUGGCUUCAGAGGCAUUCGGGAUUGUUUCAGAAGCGAAUUCAUCUUCACUCUAAACUAAAAACCCUCGAACUUUCCUCAUGGGCGCCAGUCUCUCGGCGCCUCGUGCAAACGUCUCUUUUAUGCAGAGAAUCGUCUGAAAAAGAUGUCUAUGAGAGUGUUCUGGGUCUUGUAGACAGUGUCGCGUGUGAUGGAGAAAAACUUGGAAAAUUUCCAGAGGAAUCGAUCGAAAUGACGGCUCGGGAGGCACUUAUUGCAGCCAGAAUGUUGAUUGUGAAUACGUCGAGAAGAAGUGAUAAUACGCUGGCAUCUGUCGUGUGUAGGUGUGAGAAUUGCGAGCUUCUCGUGAUAGUGAAAGCUGCCACGUGGCAAGACGAUGUGUUCAAAUCACACAUUUGUACAGAUGAACAUCACCGGCGAACCGCAAUGUGCAAAGAAAAUUCGCUUUCGGCAUUUGGAAUUAUCGCUGAAAAAUCGACUUAUACGGUGAAGCCGUUUGUUCAGAAAGAUGCGACGAAGAAAGUAAUUUGGCAAUGGAAUCAGACUACAAAACAGCACGAAUAUGUAUCAAGCAUUGUUGGUCUCGAUAAUAUAAUUGAACGCCGUUAUCCUGGAAUGGAACUCGGAAUUCCGAAGCAACAAGCCGAUUUCUACUGCCAACUUUGUGCUAAAGUGUUUCCCAAAAGAGCUAUAGCCCUGGAAUCUCAUGUCAGAGAAAUGGAUCAUUGUAUCUAUUGGAUUCAGAAAUAUCGACAAGCUCAAGUUCGCGAGUUGUUUGAACAUUUAGCCAAUCAGACGGCUGACAAGGGAAAGGAACUUCGGAAAUUCCUUUCAUCGAUUCUCAAAGAAAUCCAUCCACCAGAGGAUUAUUGUAUCAAAGUGUAUGAUCCGAUUGGAGAGGAGGAACGGAAACAGUUUGCGAUAUUGGCGAAAAUUCAGGCUGAGGAGAAGCAGAGACGACUUGAUGAGGCGAAGGAGAAGCUGGCUAUUGACAAGGAAAAGCUUCGCCUGAAAAAGGAAGCAUUGCAACGAGAGCUGGAAGAGCGUAACAAGGCAGAACGCCAGAAAAAAAUGGACGAUGAGGAGCGCCAUCGCGAGAAGGAACGACAAAAGAAGGCUGAACGGGAUGCCCGUCUGCAAUUCGCCAAGGAAAAUGCGGCGAAACUUGCUGCUCAGGAGGCGAAGAAGGAUAUAUCACUGAAGAGUCGGCUGGAGCAAGCUUCUAUGCAGCAACGAGAACGCCAAAAAAUCGAUGUCCAGCAGGCGAAACUUGAAGCCGAGCGAAUUCUACUUUUAUCAAAAUAUCCAAAUUUUGGAAAAGGCCCGACUGCCGCCGCUGCAACAAGACCUCAAGUGACAGCUAAACAGGUUCCAUUGAACCCGUAUGGAGUUUCUUCUUUCGGUGUAGCACAGGCUAUCAUUGUACCAGAUAAUAAUGCUCAAAGAUUUGGUGUACUACAGCAACAGCAGCAGCAGCCGUCGUCAUCGUCGCUAUCAUUCUUUGGAGUUCCACCACCACCAGCUAUUCCACCACAGUCCGCAGCUGCAGCUGCUGCUGGAUACCCAAUGACAUUUACCAGCCGUCCACCACCGCCAGUCCAACAAGAAAUGCCCGCUUUUACGAAAAGGCCAACACUGAGAGGAAAACGAGUGGAUCGAGCGAUUCACAAUGCUUCAGUGAUCAAGAACAAGGCUGAUCUACUCAAUUACAUGCGUAGCGAAGGAGCCUCUGAAAUCGUGGACCCCGUCGAAAUUCCGCGCGACUUUAGUCAGAGUGUUCAAGACUCUCCGGAUGCGUUUGGAAUUGAUUAUGUGGCUGAGGUGAUUUGCCUGGAUGAUCCGUCGCUGGACUCGUAUUUGUGCACAGUUUGUGAUAAUUGGUCGGAUCCGAAAGGAAUGCUCCGUCACUUGUGCUCAACGGACCAUAAGAGCACUUAUAUGUUCCACAAGUACCCGCACUACCAUGCAGAGGUGAAUCGGGAGAAGAAUCCAGUUGUUCGCCGAAAUAUUUUCAAGAAUUUUACAAGUGAUUUGAAGGGAAAGCACGUCGGAGAUGUUGUAAAAACUCGCAUGAAAACUCUAAUCGAUAAGGCGACAAUUGAGAGGCUAUGGCCUGGAUAUGAAGAGCAUUUCUAUGCGAAGAACACCGGAAAACCAUGGUCUAGUGGAGGCUUCAAGCCGAUUGCUGGAGCAAAAGUGGUGCUGCCGGAAGUGAUUCCAGUGAUUGAUUUGUUGAAUGAUGAUGAUAUGGAUAGUGAUAAGACCGAAAGCCCGCUGAAACGGAAGGAUCCGCGGUCGAAAAAUCGGAGCAGAAGCCGGGAUCGUGCUCGUCGCUCCCGAAGCCGUGAGCACAAACGUGCACGUUCAAGAAGUGCCGAGCGUCGACGACGAAGCCGAACUCGAUCGAGAAGCCGAUCCCGUGAACGGUAUCGUAGUCGACGAGAUCGUCGGAGCCGUACGAAGAGCCGAUCUAGAAGCCGAAGCCGUGAAGCAGCUCCCCCUCCCCAACAAAGAUCCCGAAAUUCGACGUGGAGCGAGCAAACGGACACGUUUUUGGCGAAACUCGGCGAUGCUUCUUCUGCUCAAAAUCGAGCAGCAGCAGCCGGAGAUUUCAGCUCAAAGUUGGCGACUGUUCGUGACUUGGCGAAUUCUGGAAUAAUACAAGGAACUGUACUCGAUGGGAUGUCGAAUUCGUCGACACCGAGGCCGGCGCCAGUUGUGCCAACUCAAUCGGCGGAAGAGCGUCGUCGAAUGGAACGGGAGCAGAAGGAGUAUAAAGAUAAUCUCAAUCGCAAAGUGAUGGGAGCCCUGGUUAUGCUGGAGAAAAUGCUCAACGAACACAAUGGGAAUGUGCCACGUGACGUUGUGCUCAAAAUGUAUGACAGCCUUGGGCUCAAUCCUGUUGAAGGGGAUGAAGCUAUCAAUAAGUUUAUAAUGGAUAUGAGAACUAAAGAGACUCAUCAAGCAACAAUGCCAAAACAAAGCAUAAGCCAAUCGAUUUCGUCGAUGGGAAUUCAGUUGACACCAGUGUCUGGUCAGUAUACUCAAGCUCCACAAUACCAGCAGCCUCCGCCUAUGCAGUCGUACGGAAUCUCAUCUGGGCCUCCUCCUCCUCCUCCAGCAGCAGCAACAUCCUCGGCCUAUUCUCAAGCUUUCCAAGCCGGGCCGACAAUGGGCCGCGCCGCCGCCCCGAUCUCACCGAUUUCCGCGGCAAUUGUUCCUCUGCAAUCUUCGUCGUUCUCUUCGCAGCAGCCUCAACAGCAACCACAGCAGCAACCACAGCAGCAGCACGCAUUCUACCAGGAUCCUCCAACAUCGCUGAGCUCCAAGCCACAAGGAACGACUGAUAAGCAUCCGGUGACGAUCAGUGAUGAUUCGUCGGAUGAUGAUGAGUAUUCGGAAGUGUACAAGCUAAUCGGAAAAGAGUCGGAUCCGAAGAAAAAGACACACAAGUUGGACAACAAACCACAGCAGCAGGAACCCAUAAUACCUGGACAGAAAAUGGCGUUGAAUCGAACAAUUCUUCCGAAUGGAGCACGUGUUGGUGAAAAGCAGAAUGUGCCUUCCCCGGCUCCAUCAGAUGCUUCUUCAUCGAAUCUCAUGAACAUGACUCCAAAUUCUGGCUCAAAUCCCGUCAAACAUCCACCACAAGCUCCGCAAAUAGUCCGUCCAACACUGGAAUCGUCACUCGGAAUGCCUGCUCCGAUUGCUGUGAGCAAGGCGAUUCCGCCCCCGCAGCCGAUGAUGCCUCAGCAGCAGCAGCAACAGCCUCAGAUGAUGUACCAACAGCAGCAAAUGUAUGGAGCACCGGCACAAUAUCAACAACAGCCGAUGAUCUACCAACAGCAAAUGCAGCAGCAGCCUAUGCAGUAUCAGCAACAAAUGUACCAACAACAACCACCACAGCCCCAGUAUGCCCAACAAUACGGAAUUCAGCAGCCAAUAUAUCAACAAGCUCCCCCGCAGCAGCAGCAGCAGCCUGUCUAUCAGCAGCCAACAUACCAGCAGCCGCCGGUUCAACAAUUCCAACCACAACAACAACAACAGUACUAUCAGCCUCAACAACAAGCCCUUCCACAAGUUCAGCCACAAUUUCAAACUCCUGCUUCGUCGUAUGGAGGUGGACAAGCACAACCACCGUACUACUGGCCACCUCAAUAAAAUAUUGAUUUUUUUUUUGUUUUUUUUUCUCUUUUUGUCUGUUCCAUUCCCCCCACCUGGUAAUACUAUUUUAUUUUGUUCCUUCUUUUUGUGCUGUAAUUAUCUCCCUCUCUCUCUCUCUCUCUCUGCUGAUCAUCAUAGUUUUGUGAGGAAAUACAUGGUUUUAAUGAAAAUUUGACGACUUUGAA